CUGCGGACAGCUGGCGCUUAGGAUCAGUACAUUCCUGUGAGAUUACACAUCUGCAUUAAUCCCAGUCAGAGCCAUAGAGAAGCUGGGAACACUUUUUAUGAUGUUGCUGUUGAGAGCCUGAGUGAAUGGAAGAUGAUGGCUACAUCGAAUACGGGGGCAUGGUCUUUGAAUUACCAAAACCGUAUGUCCCAGAAGCCCCAGAGGUCCAGAUUGAUAUUUCUGAGUUUCCUGCUCUGACCAAGGAGACACUAAAUGGAGCUCCAAAAUGUCAGCAGAAAGAGGAGAAAGUCCUGGAGGAGUCUUCAGAGACUCCAGCUGUAAAGUCUGCAGAGUCUCUGGAAGAACUUCAGCCGGAGACUCAGACAAUCAAACCUGAGGACGAGCCUCAAACAGGGUCUGCACAGACUCAAGAAGAGCCUCAGUCUGUCGCUGCAACCAGUGAGUCAGCAAUCCUGACUAGUGGUGACACUGAGCUCAAGAAUAAGAGAAAGAAGAAGAAGAAAGUGAUGUCAAAGAAGAAGACGAGGUAUGAAGCCCAGUCCAAUCCACCUCAGCAGAAAGAGGAAGAACCUCAAGACAAGACUGAGCCUGUGUCUGAGGAGGUACUUGUUCCUGAGUCUGUGCCUGAGGAGAUACUGGUUGGGGAAGGAGAAAAAUCUCCUUUCCUGACCAACGACCGGGAAGACCAGGAGAAAAAGAAUUUCCAUUUGGAAGAUGAGAUGACUCAUCUGAUGGCUCAGGUCUGCAAAGAGAACCACAUCCUGAAGGAUGAGUUAAAGCAGACCAAAGAGGAACUGAUAAAUAAGAGCCACGAAUGGGAAGAAGAAAGAUCCCAUCUUCUGGCCCAGAUCAAUGUGGCUGCUUCAAUCAAAGAAGACCUCCAAAACAAGACCAAACAACUGGAGGAGUCAAGGUCUGAUUUGGCCCAGGUUUCCAGGGAAACUGAGACCCUAAAGGCAGCUCUGAAACAGGCUCAAGAGGACCUGGCAAAAUAUAGCCGCCAGAUGGAGGAGGACAGAUCUGCCCUCAAGUUAAAACACGAGGAGGAGAUCUCCAAGUUAAGGGGUUCUCUGGACCAGGCCAAAAGGGACCAGAGAAAACAACGAGACCUGUGGAAGGAGGAAAGGUCCCGCCUCCUCUCUGAACAACAGGAGACAACAGGCCAUUUUGAGGGGGCUCUGAAAGACCUCCAACAGGAGCUCAAUAAUGUCAAGAGCCAACAGGAACAAGACAAGUCUAAGUUCUUGGUCUCUGAACUGGAGGAAAGGUCCAGAACUCAAGCUGCGCAGGAGACAGUGGAGAGCCUAAAACGCCAGUGGGAGGGGGAGAGGUCCUCUCUCCUGGCUGAACAUCGCCAAGAAACUUUGGAAUUGCAGGCGGCUCUUCACCUGGCAAAAGAGGACCAGGAACGUUACAGACAACAGUGGGAGGAGGAAAAAUCCAAACUCCUGCUGGAACAGAACACCAGAACCUCUAAAAUAGAGGAGGAGCUGGCCCAGGCCAAAAAAGACCUGGCUGACCAACAACGCCAGUGGGAGGAGGACAGGUCAAGUCUCCUCCAAGAGAGCGUCAGCCUGAAGGCCUCCCUGCAGCAGGCCCAGCUGUUCAUGGAUCAACAACGGCUGGACUGGGAGAGAGAAAAGGCCUCUCUCGUGGAGUCUGUUCACGCCAUCAAGCAGACUCUGAUGGAGAAGGAAAGAGAGAACGCUCAAACAUUAGAGCGCCUGAUGGACAGACUUGAUCAAGUCGAGUCUGAGCUGGAGGAGAGGAAAGAGAAGAAGAAGAGGUCCUGGUGGAAGAGGCUCAUGUGUCUGUAAAGCAUACAGUCAGGAGCCUCCACCUCUGACAGCCUCUGACCCCAAACCCUUCUCUCGCUUUAAAUACAAUUAAAAAAAAGAAAGAAAGUUUCCUGUACAGCCCAUGUUUAAAAUAUUUAAACGUGAUUCUUCAAACAUCACAGAGAGAAUAGAAUAAUUCACAGAUUACAUGAUAGUCACUGAAGCAAAAGAUUUAAGUUUGGUUGAUUUUUUACAUUUUGAUGUCUUUGUUUUUAAAGUGAAUACAGAUGUCUGUGUCAUGUGUAAAGAUGAUCAAUAAAGGCUGAUCUCAGUAUGAACCUGAGUAAAUAGUGAACUGGUAAAUUUUAAUUUUAAAUUUCAAACAUAUUGGUAGGUUUGGAUGGCUUUGUUCCCUUAGUAAAUGAAAUCAUAAUGUAAAAACUGCAUGUGGCAUUUACUCAGGAUAUUUUUGUCUGAUGUAAAAAUUUGUUUGAUGAUCUGAAACAUUUAAGUCUGUCAAAUAUGCAAAAGAAAAUAAAAAAGUG